AUGCUUACUACGAAGAUACAACAUCCCAGCCACCCACUACAUCAGCUUAAACUAGAACGUUCAUUGGUACCUUACAUCUGCGAUGGAUGCAAAGAGCUAGGGUUUGAGACAUGCUACCAGUGCCAGAUAUGCAACUUUCACUUGCACAAAGAAUGUGCAAUCCCUUCGUCUAGUUUCUAUCAUCGAUUCUUCAAAGGAUGUGAAUUCAAAUUCUAUGAGGAAUCUCCAAGACUGGGUGUUAGGGUUUGCGAUGGAUGCUGGAGAGAUGUGAGAGGGUUCGUGUAUCAAUGCUCCCAUAAGAAAGCAUAUGAUUUGCAACCUCCUUGUGCAAAGCUCCCUAAGACUCUAGCUGGUGAAGGGGUGAAACUAGAGCUCAAAGAAAAUAUCAAAUCCAAGUGCUUAAAAUGCCAGAGUAGAAGCAAUUCAAAUAAAGGGCCAAAGGGUUGGUCUUACGUUUCUUCUUGUGGAAAGUACUGCUUUCAUGUGGCUUGUGUAAAGGAAAUGUUUUAUGAGGCCUGGGAAAUGGGUUACUUUGAUCAGCAAAAAAGUGAUCUUGACGCCAACACUAGUGGGUUGGCAGUGGCAUUGCAGAGGACAGUUCCUAGUACGCUCAGCUCUAGUACAGAGAUAGUGCAGCAAAGUGGAGGGAAAGCCAAGCAUUACUGGAACAUGGUAGCAUCGGUUCUUAGGCUCAUCCUCUUUGCUAUUUUUGGAGAUCCAAUCACCGCGUUUACAACUCUUAUUGUUGCUCUUAUUCAAUCUCUGGCUACAAAUUAA